AUGUCCAGCUGUGAACCGUGCCGUAAGGUGCCUGCGACGAAAGGAGAACUGCUUCCAAAGAAAGUGUUGGCAAACGACGAGUCACCUGUCGAUGAGUCGUUGCGUUCAAUAUUUCUGUUUUGUGAAAAAUAUGGAUGGUACCCUUGGUGCAGUAUGACUGGUCUCUUAUCGGAAAGCUUCACCAAACAACAACAUAGGCGCGAAGGAUAUGGAAAUGUGGUUCACAGAAAUGUGCUUGCGUAA